AGCUUGAGACGGUGAGAAAUCAUAAAUCUGUGAGUAAGUGAUAAUGUCCGAUAAUCUGAAGCAUCCUCUCGAUUCUACAGCUAGUGAGGAACCACUCGAGAGACUCUCAAAGGUUGCGAGAAUCGAGGGAUUUAGUGACGAAGAAGAAGAAACAGAGGAACAACAAGGAUUGGGCGACUCGGAGUCCAUGAACCCAGUAAACCCUAGAGUGCAGCGUUACUUGAUUGCCAUUGAGUACAUCGGAACUCGUUUCUCCGGUUCACAACAGCAAGCUAAGGACCGCACCGUCGUCGGUGUAUUGCAGGAGGCUUUUCAUAAGUUUAUUGGCCAACCAGUGAAGAUCUUCUGCUCAAGUCGAACGGAUGCUGGAGUGCAUGCACUGUCAAAUGUUUGCCAUGUUGAUGUGGAACGCAUCAGUAAAAGGAAGCCUGGUGAAGUGUUACCACCUCAUGAGCCUGGUGUGGUCCAGAGAGCUGUGAACCAUUUUUUACAGAGAAAAGAUGGCGAUGUUAUGGUGAUUGAUGUUCGGUGUGUCCCAAGUAAUUAUCAUGCCAGAUAUAAGGCCCAGGAGCGCACAUACUUCUACCGCUUGCUAUCGGGGUCAGAUCCAUUAUCAAUCCUUGAAAAAGACCGUUGCUGGCAUGUUCCUGAGGAGCUAAAUCUACGCUCUAUGCAGGAAGCAUGCAGAGUUCUUGUUGGAUCUCAUGAUUUUAGCUCCUUCAGGGCAGCUGGUUGCCAGGCAAAGUCACCUAUGAGAUCUUUAGAUGAACUCAAUAUCACUGAAGUACCAUCAACUCCAUAUUUUCCAUCUAUCAGCGAAAGGGCGUGGAGUAACCUAAACAAUGGAGAUCCUCUCGCAUGUUCCAGUCAACCCAAGUCUGAGACUGCUGGUGUUACUACUAAUGUUGGAGAAGUGGAGGGGUCUACAGAGGGUGAUUCUUUUGGUAGAAGGAGACGGCACCGCUGCUAUGUAGUUACAGCGCGUUCCCGGGGUUUUCUGUACCACCAAGUUCGACUGAUUGUAGGAGCACUGAAAUGCGUAGGCACUGGAGAAUUGACGGUCUCAGACGUUGAACGAAUCCUUGAGGCGAAGACAGUGAGUGCAGCCAAACCCAUGGCUCCUGCAUCGGGUCUGUAUCUUGCCCGUGUCAAAUAUGAGUUUCCAUGAAGAUUUAAGUCCACUUCAUUUCCGCAACAGUGGAUGAGGACUGAGUCAUCACCAAAAUUGGUUAUUGUUCAGAAGCUUAAUAGAGAUAGAGAUACGAGUUCUUGUGUGUUCCACCAUAAAUCCUGAUGUACCGACUGAUCAAGUUUGAGUAGUUCAUUAUGAAAGUUUUGAUCUCGUACUAUUUGUUCGUUCCGUUUACGGAGCAAAUGAGAUAUAAAAUCGGAAUCAAUUU